GGGCCUCUCUGAGGGAGGGGUAAAGUCAGUCCUCAAGAAGGUGAGGGGGAGGGUGGUGAUCUGAGCACGAGAGCGGCUGGUGAAGGCAGACAGGACAAGAGGCUGGGAGUGAGGAAGAAAGAAGAGAAGAGCGAAUGUACAGAUGUGACAGAAGACCACAGGUUUGAGAGAAGAACAUACGACAGAACGUGAAGAUAACUCUCAACGGGGCUCUAGAUCAGAUCAAAGAUGGCGCCCAUCCGGUGCUGACAGAGACAAAGGUUCAGUUCAUAUGCUAUGUGAGGUUGCUCUGGGGCUCCAGGUUGUGGAUUCUUGCUGCAUCCACAGGCUCCUCCGCUCCCUCUCAUGCUGCUACUGGCCUCUCUUUCCCUCCCGUCUGCUUCACAUCUGCCAUGGAUACAGUGGUCCUCAGCUCCUUACUGAAUGGAGCGCUUCUGCUGGUGUGUCUGGGACUGCUGCUCAGCUUUUGCGUCAGCUGUGGACAAUCAUGGAGGCAGACUUCUAUUCACCAGUUCAUACAAGACGAUCAUCCAAAUGAAGUGUACAAUCCUGGAGACUUCAGAGUUGUGAGGCCGAUGCCUACAGUCGUCACCAGUAGGUACACCCAUGUGCCCAGACCCGGUGUUUCCAACCCUGCGAUUUCCUUGACCCCAGCUCCCUCCUCCCUCAGAUCCCCGUGGCAGGAGCCAGAGCGCCGACCCUCAUACACUCCAACUGAAGAUGAUGAUGAUAGCUACGUCAACCAAGACAGUGACGGCGACCACGAUGUUGACGGCGACAAACAAGGUUACAUAGAGGUCCUACCGGAUGACAUACCCAGCAAGCCAAAGGACGGGUCUCAGCCCAGCCUGUCUUCAGGCAAUGAUGAAAUUUACGUGAAUGUAGAACAAGAAUCUGACAGUGAGAACUAUAUCAACAUGCCGGAACAUGAGAAAGGGGGUCUAACAUCAGGCAAGUCCCAAGAGAGCAUGGAGAGUGAUGGGAAUGGCAGCACAGACUACGUCAACACCUCCCCCAAAUAGAACUUCCACUUUCAUUCUGAUGAGCUGAUCUGAGGGCGGAGGUGUGACGGCAGAGAAGCAGAGGGAGAAUGUGUGUGCGCCUGUCGGCUUUUUUUUUUAAACUGUCAACAGCCAGCAUGAACUUGUCUAGUGCAUAUGACAGUGGGGCGCCCCCUGUCUGCCUGUUGCUGCAAUUCCCUGUAUAUGGGCACAGCAACCUUGUUAACAAUCUUGAUUUGAGCAAGCAAAUGCAGAGCCUCUCCCAUACCACUCAGGAAGUUUCACGUUAGUAGUAGGGGGAGAGGGCAGGGACGGCGGGUGGCUUUCUAUGUCAUUUUAAUCUAUUACCUUGCUGACGACUCCUGAGAAUGUUUAUAGUGAUGAAGUCAGUCAUUUUUAUUUAACAUUUAUCAUCUUUUCAUUUUUCAUAUUGCUAUGGUUUUGUUUACAGUGAUCCCCCGCCCAUCGCGGAAGUUACGUUCCAGACCCAUCAGCGAUAGGUGAAAAUCCG